GAGGUGCCUGUGACAGACUUUGGAGGUAUAGCACAUUUGUCUUAAACUUUUCUAUUGGCACAGGCUGCCUUCUUGCUUGGAGGAGCCUCUAUCUGACUUCCAGGGAUGAAGUCGUCCAUCUCCUUGCUGAAUAGCAGCUCUGGCUUGUGCUGGGGAGACCAAUGCUAACUGUCAGAUUUUGAUGCAGUGGCUGUGCUUUCAGGACGGUAAAGAUGAAGCACUGCUACUACAACGAGAGUGUGGGGUUUUUCUACAACAACAGCCGGAAGGAGCUGACCUCCUACUGGAGGACCAAGGAUGUCUUGGUCGUUGCCCUGGGCCUGACAGUCAGCGUCAUCGUGCUUCUGACCAACCUGCUGGUCAUCAGCGCCAUCAUUAUCAACCGGCGCUUCCACUACCCCAUCUACUACCUGCUGGGGAACCUGGCAGCAGCGGACCUCUUCGCGGGCAUUGCCUACAUGUUCCUCAUGUUCCACACGGGGCCCAGGACAGCAGGGCUUUCCCUCAGGACCUGGUUCAUCCGGCAGAGCCUCCUGGACACCAGCCUGACUGCCUCGGUGGUGAACCUGCUGGCCAUCGCAGUGGAGAGGCACCAGACUGUCUUCACCAUGCAGCUGCACAGCUCCAUGUCCAACCAGCGGGUGGUGAUUCUGAUCAUCUGCAUUUGGGUCACAGCCCUGCUGCUGGGUCUCAUCCCAUCCUAUGGCUGGCACUGCCUGUGCGACCUGGGCAACUGCUCCAGGAUGGCGCCCCUCUACAGCAGGAGCUACUUGACAUUUUGGGCCCUUUCCAACCUGGUCAUCUUCCUGAUCAUGGUGGUCGUCUACACUCACAUCUUUGUCUAUGUCAAGAGGAAGAUGACGCGCAUGUCCAAGCACACUAGCUUCCACCCCCGCUACAAGGAAACCAUGAUCAAUCUCAUCAAAACCGUCAUCAUCAUUCUCAGCGCCUUCGUUAUCUGCUGGACUCCAGGGCAGGUGCUGCUCCUGCUGGACGGCCUGGCCUGCGAGAGCUGCAAUGUGCUGGCAUUGGAGAAGUAUGUCCUCUUGCUGGCAGAGAUCAAUUCGCUCAUCAAUGCCAUUGUCUACUCCUAUCGGGACAAUGAGAUGCGCAGCACCUUCUGGAAGAUCCUCUGCUUUAUCUGCUACAGGAAUCCUAAAUACUCUCCUGCAUCGGUCAAGUCCAACGUCACGAAACGCAGGAUUCUCUCUCAGAAUGGCCAUUCUACCAUGGACUCCUCACUGUAGGAGCCUAGCUCAGGGUUCAUUCACGCUGCUCCAUAGCAACCACCUGAGAGCAGAGACCCGGGGUGAUCUGUUUGUCAAGCAGAAGAACAUUUAAAAAAAAUAAACUUGUUCGAAAGCAUAAAUGUUUGAAUAAAGAGUGGCAUCAGCAGAAUGGGGUAAAAAGCUAUUAAGGCAGUGCAGAGCAGUGCCUUGCUUGGCACAGACUUUGAGUUACAUACCCACUAUUAAAGAGGUGCUGCUUUUAACAGCACUGUUGAUUUAAUUUAGUAGCCUCCAAAAGGCAUGCUCCACGUUAACCAAGAUACUUGUAUGAGUAUUUCUACAUGUAUUGUCAUAGUUCUUCAGUAUUACUACCUACAGGAAUGGUCAUUCCAGUGCUGUGGUAUUCCAGGGCCAAAGCCCAAAGUCCUCUUGCUUAAUCUGUCCUUACUUAUUGAAAUCAGCAAGAGCUUUGCUUGAGACUUUUGAGUGAGAGACUUCUCACCCACAGAUUUUGAAAAUCCUGUUCUCUUUAAGGUGUCUCUAGGGAAGAUCCAGUUUAUGUGAAUUCCUUUAUGAGAAGCAGUUUGCUGCUUUGCUGGUGUGUCUGUUACUGAAUUUCCAAGUAUUGUGGGCUUUUCCAGAAUGUCCAAGGAGCACAUACCACUUUCCUGAGCUGGAGAGUUAAGCUGCAGCUAGAAGCUCCAAUAGCGGCGUUGUUCUGUUCAGUGUGCAGCACAGUACUUUAUAAUCUUGACUGCAGAUUCAUUGCCUAUUCAUGAAGAUGCAGUGAGUCAUGUUCCUAUGAAACUAACCUUUUCCAUUCACUAAGAGCCCUUCGACCGCUUUGUGUUGGAGUCUGAGGCAAUCAGCACUUUCCCCUAGAUUUUAAUGUGCAAUUUGUAGCAUAACCCUCAAUUCAAAUAGCAUGUAAACACCAUCAUUUCAAAUGUGGUCUUGAAGGCAAACCAAGACCUCUUUUGUCUCCGCGCAGCACAGAAACAAGAAGCAUUUCUCACCAUCAAUAUGCUUAGAGCCAAAUUCUCUGCUAGAGUAACUCCGCUGAUUUCAGCAGAGUUAUGGCACCAGAGAAUUCGGCUCUUGACACCUACGUGAACACUGCGAUGAUCGAAGUUGUGAUUGUCAUUUUGGCACCCCCUACUGGAGGCAGACAUUUUGCUAUAGAGAGAAUAUUUAUGACACUGGCUGUGUGGGAGUCUAAACAAUUCUCCAAACUUCUUCCAUGUCCUUAACAAAACUUUAGGGUGAGAUUUGCAAAAGCACUCUGCAUUGGGCUGAGUCUGCUCCCUUGGUGCCAGUGGGAGCGGAGGUAGACCAACACCUGUAACUUUUAACACACAAUAUUUAAAUGUUUAAAAAUUAAAGAGCCUGAUCCUGUCAGGUGCUGAGCUCCCUCAACUCCCACUGACAUCCGCAUGUCUCAGGCUCGGGUCUAGUGUUGUUUGGGGGAUUGCUAUGCCAAUAUGGAAGCCGAUGGAAAUUUGUUGUGGCUUCUGUCAUGUCCAAUGUUCCAAUCGUAGUUACUUCUGUUUAGCUAGAUGACUGUCAUCAACUGUGGCUCAGAAGUCCAGAUACAAGUAAGAAACAGCUUUCAAAUAUGUUGCAUAGCUUAGCCAUGCUGGAAGAGAUAUGUUACCUUUUAAACUUCCAGCUGAGAGAAAAUGGGCAGUGCUUUGCUUGAUUAGCAGAGGAUUUUUGUAUCUAAAUAUUUUCCACCAAAAAGAAAAGAGAUUAGCCCUGUGGAACAGCUGCAGUUGCCCCCUGGGCUUUAUGGGCUAAAUUCUCUGCUGGUGCAGAUUAGCACAGCUCCAUUGAAAUCAAUGGCCAAUUUCCACUAGCAAUGAGGUGGGUCUUAUAUUUGUAGACUCCUGGGGAUUUGUCACUGAUGGUCUGCUGGGCCCAGUACAAACCUAACAAUUUUCCUACAGCUUCUGCAAAAAGCCUUGAAGCAGCAAGGCAAUAAAAGUUCCUUUGUCUGAAAAGCAAAGCAAAAUUAUCUUAGAAAUAUUUGUCCAGGCUUUCUUUUAUUAACAGGGAAAAAGAGUUAAAAGUGUACAUUAGUUGUGGUGUUUAGCUGUGGAAUUGGUACUAAAAUUAUUUCCAGGGGAAAAAACAUUGACUGUGCUGCAUGCUGGUUAUGAAUGAAUCUUUGUAGUGGAUGAAGUGACACGCAGCCCUUCAAGAACUGCAGUUGGCUUUUAUGCCCAAUCAGGCCUUUAAUAAGUUGUGCACAUUCCUCCCAGAGAACUCGGCUAACUCACCUGACCUCAACCAGUCUGCUGGGCUGCAGCUGUUGCACUAUGUUACAGCAAGCAAUAAAGUCCACUCUUACAAGUGGUUUCCUGCAGGUGUCUCGGUGGAGGAAGGGAAGCUAAUAAUAAUUUUUCUUUAUUUGACAUUUUAUUGCCACCAUAUAGAAACUCAUCUUUGUUUUUCUGUAUUUUUUUACAAGUUUAUUUAAAACUCGCCUGAAAACCACACCUGUAUUAGCAGUGACGCAUUGUUGUACAUGAGUUCUUGUUGAUUCUAAUGCCUUGUGCCAGCCAGACACUCCCCUCUUAGUGCCCUGCCUUAGAGCUUGUAACAAUGGAGUUGGAGGGUUGAGUAAUGACUAUGCAAAAAUUCAGCCUAUGAUUUAUUCUUCCUCUUCAGAAUGCACCUCCCCAACCCAAUCCAGACAGUUUAUAUAAAGAGAGAGACAUGACCCAAAUCUCCUAUGGAAACGCCUCUGAAUGACAGUUCUCACUCAUUCUGAAUGGAAAGAGAGUGGCUUGAAUCUUUAAUGAGGUUUCUCUUCCUGAGUGAUUUAACCCUUAGAAAUCUAGCUGAUUUCCAAGUAGAUCUAAUAGAUAUGGGAGAGGGAAAAUGAGAAUCAUGGAAGCAAGAGUGGAAAAUGAUGUCAGAUGAAACCUGAAAGGAAAGGGAGAAUCAGUGAGACAGGAUUGGCAGGUGCAGAUACAAACCACCUAGCAAUGGAAAUAAAUGGUCUAUAUGGAAUCCACAUGAUCAAAAGGGUAUUCUGUACAAGAAAUUCACUUUCCAGGAAACACAAAGACUUUAUCUAAAUACAUGGGGACAGGAAUUACCCUUUUAUGUUACAUUUCCCAUUCUUCUUUCUGUGUGUCUAACAACAUACUUUGCAGAGCAAGUUGUGAUGUUCUCUACUAAAAUGUUAGCUUCCUAGAGGCAACUUACCGACUUCAGAAAUAACUUUCUCUUGCACAUGAAUGAGAUGCUGUCAAGUGCAUGUGAGUUUUGUUCUUUGUCACACUGCAUUCAUGACACAUUGGACCUGUGCUGUUCAUUUCACCUCAGUUGUCUUAGCUCAGUGCUCAAGACAACAAAGAAGGCAAUAUUGACAGCAAAGCUACCAUCCCUCACUCUCUUCAUCCCAAGAAGAAAAAUAAUGGAUUUCUAAUGUCGAAGUAUGAACCUCUCUUUGAAGUUUCAUUGUCUACUUUUUCAAACUUCUAAUGAGAAAAUUUUCCUGCAGCCUGAAAUUGGCCAGCAUUGUAUUGUUCUAGAUGUCAGAGAUGCAUGUGGCCAUUACAGACUCGUUGAACAUUGGGUGGAAGGAAGGAAUAGACACUUACGAGCUAUUUUUAAGGGAUCAGAUACGGGAUAUGUGAGAACACACAGCUUGAUCAAAGCCAGGCCACGUGGUUCCAGGAAUGAGGGGUCGUGCCUUGCUGGCGAGCUGGAAUUCCUUAAGCAAUUUACUACCUAAGUCAUACGAGGGCAUUUCUAAAAGGAGGCUAACAUUGAAGGUGUGGUGCAAAUUUUGUUUGUUGGAACAAAAACUGGAAGAAGGGGGAGAGAUGAGGAAUUGUUUAGGGGGAAAUUAUUUGUGACGAUCCCAAAGGCUCACCCAUCCUUCUGAAAUUCAGUGACUCGGGUGAUGGCUGGAUAGUAAAACAGCUGUAGUAUUGUGAGCAGGGCCAACUGAAAGGGAGACCCCUAGGAGGCCAAACUCUGCAGAGACACCUCUGCUCCUCUAGGAGGGUAGCAAGUAUUUUCAGUUCUCACCUAUUGUUGCUCAGUAUCAGGCAGUUGGGAGCAGCAGCAGUCUAGCAUUAUUUUUAACAAGUAGAGAACACCUGUGCUAGGCAGAGGGCAGUUGUCUAAGGCUAGCAAGGAGAAAGUCAGGGCUUAGAGGAUUAUGAGGUCAGUAAAGCAAUGGCUCAAAAAACCUUUUUCUUUCUUUGUGUCUUGGGACAUGCUUUAAUGUAGUUGCAAAGCCUGGCUUCUUUCUGCCACAGAAAGUGCAUGCCCAACAGAGGUAAUUCAGGAAAGACAAAUCACACUGACUGUACAUCAGGUCUUUCCUGCAGUAUUUCUCUGUGUGAGAAGCUUUCCAUUGUGCCCUGUAAAUCAUACACACAGGCAAUAUUUGUUUUGGCAGAUAUAAGCAUACAUGCGUGCUAGUCACAGACAUCAUGUGAGUUUCCUGAAUACAGGUUGCUCUGGGAAUCACAGUUAGUCAUUUGACAGUUGCUCUUGUGCACAGCAUAUGGGUGUGAAUGCUACAUCGGGAACAGAAGUGAAAAGGCUCAUCCAGGGCUCACCUUGCUUGUAUGCAGUGCAUACUACAGCUCAAGAGCCCAACUUUCAAGGGUGCUUUUGAACAGACCCCCUUUGCAGCCAGAUUUGGAUCUGGGACCCUUGAAACUGUGGUGGGAGGGAUGGUUAAUGACAUCAAUUCAAUUGAGAUAGUAGCAGAAACCUUAAACUAGGGCCAAAAUUUUCUAACUUGCAAGCCUAAGGUUAGAGACUGAGGUGGUGGAUAAGUGGUCUCGUUUUCAGAUGGUCUUAGCCCAUGCAGCUCCUAUUGGUGCCUGCCUUUAGGCAUGCACAUUUGAAAAGAUUGGCCCAAGAUGAACAGUAAGCUGCUGAUUCCCAUUUACAGGAAGGCCCCUCUGCAGUGCCAGAGGGGCACAAAGGGACCGUGGUAUAAAUAAAGUGAGCGUAUGAAGCACUGCUUGUAAGAGGGGUGGCCUUGGCCUAGCUCCCUGCACUUUUUUGCAGUUUGCAGUGUUCCUGGCUGCACUGUAAUUGUUACUGUUAGUAAAAAAAGCUUAUGGGAAUGUCUCCAUUGCUGUAUCUUUGACAGUUGUUCUAAUACUACCUGCCAUAAGCCAACCUGCAUCUACUGGGAGUUAGGAGGAGCUUUCCAGGGGGCACUUUAUCUCAUAACAGCCACUGCAGGGUCGCUGGUGCCUUCACCAGCCUCCAUUUGAAGUGAGGCUCUCUGGGUGCCCGCUCUGAACUGAGCUGGCUUUUCCUGUGUUUCUGCAUUCCUAGAACCCCACAGAGACCGUGUCACUGGGCUGAUUGUGAAAGGAGAACCACCAGCUACAUUUAAAGUGUCAGAGCUAUGGUUUUUUAAAGCGCUCAGCUACCAAGCUUAUGGGUGUAGUAUAAAAUGAUGGACUGGCAGAGUCAAUGCUGCUGUGGGUCUGUUCAUGACUAUCCCCAAGUGAUUCAAUAACCAACAGUGCAAUGGGAAGGUGGAGAAUUCGCACUUGAGAAUUGCGUGUUAUGUCCUUUGAA